UUAGGGGUUUCCAGCGAACUGCGGGCAGUUGGACGAUACACAGCUGGACGCUGACAGAUUCCCCGAUGCGCCUCCCAAGGCGAGAGAGGCUCACUGUAAAAGCGAGCUCCAGAUACCGCGGUAGAGGACUGCUAGUGGGUCUUACUUGCCAAGUGCUCUCUGCAGACUGAACAGUUAAAAACGAACACCAGCAAUGGAGAACCUUGCCUUUUUUGUCCUCACCCUGAGCGUCGGCUGUUUCGCUGAGAAGGAAGACCUCUCAGGGAAAGUCUUCGUCUUCCCAGUGGAUUCAAACACGGACUACGUGAAGAUCAUCCCUGACAUGCAGAACUUCGCCGAUCUGACUGUGUGUCUCAAGUUCUUGACGGACCUCACAAGAGAGGUGUCCCUUUUCUCUCUGGCUACUCCCACCCAUCUGAACGCCUUUCUGCUGACGCGCCGAUCACCGAGUGCUUAUCGAGGCCACGUCGGAGAUAGAGAGGCUGAUUUCUUUGGGCUCCAGGAGAAACAGAACGAGUGGAUCUCCGUGUGCCAGAGCUGGAACUCCAGCACUAAGCUCACUCAGCUGUGGGUCAACGGGAAGCAGACCAUGAGGAAAGGAAUACAGACAGAUGGCGCCAUCACUGGAGCUGCCAUCAUCACCCUCGGUCAGGAGCAGGACUCCUACGGAGGGGGCUUUGACCCAAAGCAGUCUCUCGUGGGGGAGCUCACUGACGUUCACAUGUGGAACUAUGUUCUCUCUUGUUGUGAGAUUCAAAAUUACAUGAGUCACUUGUCCUUUUCACCAGGGAACAUCAUCAACUGGCAUGCUUUGGAGUACUCCAAACAUGGCCAAGUGGUUGUGCAGGAAAGCCAGCUGACACCCUGCAUGUAGGGAGAAGAGAUCCAAUCGCUUCUUCAGCAGCAGAUUCACUGCAGUGCUCCUACAUCACUGUGAUGCCUACAUUUACAUUUACUCAUUUAACCAAUGCUUUUCUCCAGAGCAGCUUACAACAU